CGUUGGACUGCGCACUUCGGCACGGCGGUGUGGAAGCCCAGGAAAAGUAACUUUACAGUUUCUUUCGCGAAAAAAGCGGAAUCAUGGCAUUGACUCAAGUUUCCUCCAACAAAUGCUGCGGCGGCUACCAGAAGGUAUUCGAACAUGAGAGCUCUGAACUAAAAUGUAAAAUGAAGUUUGGCAUUUACCUCCCACCAAAAGCGGAGAGCGCCAAGUGUCCCGUCAUGUACUGGCUGUCCGGGCUGACAUGUACAGAGCAAAAUUUCAUCACCAAAGCCGGUAGUCAGCAGGCCGCCUCUGACCACGGAAUCAUCAUCGUUGCCCCGGAUACCAGCCCACGUGGCUGUAACAUUGAAGGGGAAGAUGAAAGCUGGGACUUCGGAACGGGUGCUGGUUUCUACGUGAACUCAACGCAGGACCCCUGGAAGACCAAUUACCGCAUGUACUCCUACGUCACAGAGGAGCUCCCUCGCCUGAUAAACUCAAACUUUCCAGCUGAUCCUGAGAAGAUGUCUGUCUCUGGUCACUCCAUGGGCGGCCACGGAGCUCUCAUCUGUGCCCUGAAGAACCCUGGAAAAUAUAAGGCAGUGUCAGCUUUUGCUCCAAUCUGCAACCCAAUGCAGUGUGCUUGGGGACAGAAGGCUUUCUCUGGGUACCUGGGACCAGACAAAUCCACCUGGGAGGCGUACGAUGCAACGGUAUUGGCUGGCUCUUACUCCGGCCCAGAGCUGGACAUUCUAAUCGAUCAAGGUCGUGACGACCAGUUCCUGUCGGCCAGUCAGCUUCUCCCUGAUAACUUUAUUGCUGCCUGCUCAGAGAAGAAGAUCCCUGUGGUGUUCCGCCUGCAGCAGGGUUAUGACCAUAGCUACUUCUUCAUCUUCUCCUUCAUCAACGACCACAUCAAGCACCAUGCCAAGUACCUGAACGCUUAACACGACUCUGCCACAGAACACAUGGUCACUGAAUGCCUGGAACAGUUCUAGAACCUGUGCCUUCCAGACUGUGACAUGACCAUUGUUUUACAGUGUUCCUGUCAGCCCAUAGAAUUCUAGAGAUUCUGGGUUCUCUGAUUGGCUGAUUUGGGCUAGUCAGUGACUGUACCUGAUUUGCGAAGAUGGGAUGAGGUCUGUUUCAGGCUUGGUCUAAGCCUGACAGUCAGUGAAUCAUGUUGUCUCUUUUUUUCCCCUCAAAUAAAGGCAAUUAGUUGUGAUUUUCCUACA